AGAACGAGUGAUAAACAAAAUAGGGUACAUACAUCCGCAUAGCAACCGCCAAAACAACGAGCGUUACGUACCUAUCAAGCGAUACCAAUGCCCACGGACCAACUUAACAGCAGUUUACCAAGCUCAAUCGAAUUUUAACAACCGGUCGGAAAAGUUGAUUCGCUUCCCGAGAAGACACCAAGAUGACGUCGAAUCAUUUGAAAACCUACUUAUUAGAACCGAACAUAAAUCUUAAACCGCUGCUCUAUGAGAUUGUGAAACAAUGUGAAAAGAAAAACAUUCGCUACGAUAAGCAUCUAAUAACAUUCAUCAUGAACUUGGUCAGCUUGGACCCGAAGUUUGAAAUUUACAUGGAGACGCUUAGUGCCGACAGACGGAACCAUGACGAUUUUGUGGAGGAAUGCGUCGCAAUACUCUCUGAAGAUCGGUCUCCUAGUUUAACCACUCUCAAAAUUCAGUUGUAUUUUUUGGAACAUUUUUUUAAUAAAGACGAGGUAAUCGAAAAACACACUCGGAAUCUGCAGAAUAAAACAGCUCAUCUACUAAGAGAAAUUACCGAAAAUGACGUCAUAACUAGAGAUGAACAGGAUGAAAUAUUCAGCAAAAUCAUAAUAGAUAUCGUCCUAAACAUGGGACUCGGUAACCCAGAUAAUAAAGAGGUGAUUGUCGAAACAACAAAAGCAUUAAACUCCGUGAUGUCCCGGAGCGACAAGGCGAAGUUUAUCACUCUCGACAAAAAGGACCGGCUGCUGGCACUGAAAGAUAUACGUGAGAUAGUGUGCGGCAUUCGUAUCUUCAACAAACAUGCCGGAAAUGCUUCAAACGGAAUGUCUGAUUUACCGCGGUUGUUGGAUCAAUCUCACGAAUCUACCAAAUCGAUCCUGCAGAUAACGUUAUGUGAAAUUAUGGACAAAGUCAACCUACUAACCAGUGCAUUGAAUUCUUCGAUCGCUUACGAUCUACGUAACCGUACGAUAGUAACCCUUUUACCGGAGAACAUAUCUUCGGAGGAUUUGGACGACUUGAAAGAUUUAUUAAUUAUGUAUCGACAACAUGAAGUUUAUACUCGAAAACUAAUUGAUGAAUUAGUUUUAAUGAAAUACAACAUCGAUACCUGUAACCAAGAAUACAACCAAAAGUUGAUCAAGCUUCACGAGGCCGUUCAGUAUCGAACUGCCAUUCCAACUGAUCGCGUAUUUCCAAAAUUCUCUGAGUUGACACGCAUUUGGAUGCAGUAUCAAAAUUACAUCUAUUUACUAUCGGAAAUCAACCAAAUUAGUAAUACAUUAACAAAUCUAACGGAACGAUGCCUCAGUUUCGAUGACCUGGCAUACCGUUUACUAGGAGAAUGUCAAGUUCAAACCGACUUGGAUAGAUUGGGCAAAACAAGCAACAAGAAACUUUACAUUGACUCUGAAAGUGUAGCCUGUGAAAUAGUACCCUACGCGUCAUCCUUGAAGGUCGAAUUUCUAAAAUUUUGCGUAUGGCACUUGGCAGAAGCAAAUGGCCUUUUAAUGCCUGGCAACACCGACAUGGGAGUGUGUCAGUAUCAGAAGGAACUUUAUGCAUUUAACAUACCCGAACCCGCGGUUUUCUUCAGUGAAAAUCCCGAUAAGUAUUUGUUUAAAAUCGUCAAACUCGCCCGCAAAAAGGUUCAACUCGUUGUCUUUCUGGACAUUUUCUUCAAGUUGCAAAAUUGCUACAACUCAAAAACAAUGGAGGUGUUCCAUGUCAAAGUCCCGCUAACGGCCGAACAGGAAGUGCAAACUGAGCUGCACCCGAUUCCAUCAAAUAUCGACCGACAGUAUCGUUGGAACAUCUGGGAUCUUCGCCGGGAGGCCAUCGGAUUAACUAACCUUCGCAUGAAGCGAACCAGUUCGUCCCAAACGACGAAAAGCAAACCUACACAGGUAUAUUUGCCGAAAAACCAGACCACACAGACGCGAGUGUGUCGCGGAACGGAAACCGAAGAGCGGCGACAAUGAAUUAAGAAGGUAGAAACGGCUCCAACACCGCUGAAAUUUUUUUCAACAUCAAAUAAUGAUUUAAGCUCACAGCAGAGUAAAUCAGGUUAGAUAAUUCUGGCAUGAAACGAUUUCUGGAAUUUUUAAAAAAAAUGCGCCAUAACCUUACCUGGAAGAUUGCAGACCAAAUUCCGAACAACCCCUUGUGUCGAUCCUUCUGACCAACAUUACAUUUCAAAACGUCCGUCAGUCGCAGGGGUUUCUUUAACGAGCUAUGAAA